AGCCGAUUCGACGGAGCACCAUCCGUUGCAUCGAAUGCGUCGAAUUUUAUCUCACGUUCAAAUGCGACACUCAACUACGUCCUGGGGCUGCGGCACGUGGCUUUAUGGGUCGGCCAGUCCUUCUUUUGGCACGCUUGCGAGCAAUACGCCUUUGCAUUGCACCUCGCGCAUUUCUUCCACUUGCCUUCGACGCCGCAACUGCCACACACCGUCAGCGUGGAUGCAGUCGGUGGCGAUAGCGUUGCAAAGGAUGCCACCGCCGCUUGGUCCGCCAAAUUGAGUUCCCAAAUGUCCCCGUACACAAUGUCGUUGCGCAUGGUCUCGUACCCGCCGUACAAUAUGGCGCGCUUCCGCUGUGGGUCCAGCGUCAACGUGCACGCAGCGCGGGAGCUCGGCCACGGCAUCGCCAUCGAUGAUGCGUUGAACUUGGCCCACGACACACUGUUGUCGGCGUAGUGGGUCAGGCGGUAGCCGUCGCCAUAGUACUUGGACCCGACUGGCAACUCGGCGUAGCCUCCAAACUGGUACAUCGUGUUCUCGAUCACAAUGGCAUGACUUUCGCUGCGAGGGCCGGGGUAGAUGGGUGGGAAGGCGCUGGAGGCAGCAUGCGUCGACGGCCCAAUCGGUGGCGGUGAUCCCAUCCAAGAAUGCGACGCCAAGUCGAACGUGUACAGCUUGUUCUGGUACUCGUAAAAGUCGGCUGUGUCCGCCUUGCCUCCAAACACGUAAAGCUUGGCGUUAUGGAUCCAGGCAGUGUGGAGAGACAGCGACGGCGGCGGGGCGUACUCGGUCAUGCGCUGGGGCAGGACGGACCAUUUUUUCGUCUUGAAGUUGAACACGUCGAUGUGGCUCGAUGUGGUGGACGGCGCCGUGACGCCGCCGUACAAGAUCAUGAGGUGCUUGUGCAGACUGGCCGUAUGUUCAUUCCGGGGGGCCGGUUCGUUCGGCAGCCGCCACCGCUUCCACACGAACGUGUCCAAGUUGAGCUGGUAAAACGCCCCGUGCGAGUCGUGCUGCCCGUCAUCCUUCAGCGGACUCCCGCCAAAGACGUACAUGGACCGGUCGUACACAACGGCGCUGUGGCCGGCAAGGCACGGGGGUACGUCGCCAGUCCCGACAAUGUCUUUCCAGCUCUGAGACUUGAACUCGUACAAGUGGACGUUGGUGUCGUUGUCCUCGUUGCCAAAGAUUGUCGUCGAUCGGCCACCAAACACGACGAGGCUCGUCCCGUCGGGAUGGAGCACCGUCGAGUGAAAAAAACGCGUGAGGUGGGUACCGCUCGUGCCCAUGAUGCGCCACUGCCCAUCCACGGUGCACGCCGCGAGUUUCUUUUGAAUCUUUUGGCCUUCGUCAGCCAAAUACGUCUUGGGCGGGACGUCGCACCACGAUCUCCCUGCUUUAGCACUCCCAUGCUUCUGGGCUUCGAUCGCAAGGACGUGCCAAUCGUCGAACGAGCUGUCGUACAGGUGCAGCGCCGCGUACGCGCGCGCUCGGGCAUGCAAACACCGCGCCACGUACGUGUUGGAGCAUUGGGACACCAUGAAAGGGAUCACGUGGUUACAAUCUUCUACUGUCUUGUCGUACCACUCGAGUUUGAGCGCAGCCUGCGCGCGGUUCGAGUACAAGUUGUCGCCAUUGAGCACCAGUUGCGGAUCCAUUUGGUGGUGCGGGGCUAACGACGCCCGAAAGCGCUGGUACUCGUCCAGGACCAACGUGUAGUGAGCAUAGGCUUCCAGAUACUGCCCUUUUUGAUAAAAUGCAUUGGCAAAGGCUUUCUUCGUCAUAAUGUCACGCAUCCGAGCGAGCGCUGCCACUUCCAUGCUGUCGUUGUCCGAGUGGGGACGGGACACAAUGCCGUCGUCGUCGUCGUGCUCCAUGGACGAGGAAGGCGUCGCCGACCCUGGGGACGCUUCCUUCUUCUUCUUCUUCUUUUUCUU